AUUUUCAACUCCACUAUAUAUCUUUCUUCUUCCACAAUCGCAAUCAAACACAAACCCUCUUCUCUUCGAAUUUCUCAAUUCCCAUUAUAAUAUAAAAUGGCUUCUUCCUUGUGCAGUGUCAGAGACUCUUCUCAGUCAUCAUCCGGCGAGAUCCAUCUCUUCGUGGGUCCCAUGUUCGCUGGCAAAACGACGUCCCUUCUCCGUCGUAUUAAAUCUGAAGUUGAUAACGGCAGAAAUGUGGCUAUGUUAAAAUCAAGCAAGGAUGACAGAUAUGCGGUUGAUUCUGUUGUGACGCAUGAUGGGAUCAAAUUUCCUUGCUGGGCUUUGCCAGAUUUGAUGUUGUUUAAAGAUAAAUUUGGUCAUGAGGCUUAUGAGAAGUUGGAUGUGAUUGGUAUAGAUGAAGCUCAGUUUUUUGAGGAUCUAUAUGAUUUUUGCUGCAAGGCUGCUGAUGAAGAUGGUAAAAUUGUUGUUGUUGCAGGCCUAGAUGGUGAUUACUUGAGGAGAAGCUUUGGAUCAGUGCUUCACAUAAUACCAAUUGCUGAUACUGUAACUAAGUUAACAGCUCGUUGUGAGCUUUGCGGUAAACGCGCCUUCUUUACUUUGAGGAAGACAGAAGAGAAACAAACUGAACUAAUUGGUGGGGCUGAUUUGUACAUGCCUGUAUGCCGCCAGCACUAUGUGAGUGGUCAAGUUGUUGUGGAAUCUACCAAGAGUGUUUUGGAAUCUCAGAAAGUUAAAAGUGGUUCCAUUCUUGAGGAAGGUGCAGUUGCUUAAUGGGAAUUUAGACAUGCUUACCAGAUUCUGAUGUUUGGUUCAACAGGCCAUGUUGAAUUAUGUCUCGCAUCACAUGAUCUAUUUGUUUAUCAUUUACUCUUCUAGUUAUGUAUGUGGUAUAUAGUGGAGUUCAUUUGAGCUCUUUUUUUGUUAUGUUGUUAUACUUUACUUAUAUCAAUAAAGAGUUCCUUGUUCACAAUUCAUAACAAAAGACUUUUGGUUCUUUGGAGAAAUAUUUGACUGCUCAAUCCCCAUUA